GGGCGGGGCGCUGGUUUCUGCUGCGUCAUCGUCGUCGGGAAGAGCUCUCGCGGAUUCACGUCUUAUUGGACUCUAGUGGGGGAGAGACAUGCGGGGCAACGACACGUUCGUGCAGCACAUCCUGGGGCUGAACCUGGUCCCCAGGAAAAACGCCACGUUCCGCGGGAACGACACGGCGCUGGACGGCUUUUCAGAGAUGUGGUACGGCAUCUUCAUGUGGGCCGCGGUCUCCUCCCUGGUCUUCCACCUGCCCGCUGCCCUCCUCUCUCUCGCUACGCUGCGCCAGCACAAGACGGCCCGUUUCAUGCCCAUCGCCAUCCUUCUGAUGGCCGUGCUGGGACCAGUAUGCGGGGGGGUCCUCACAAGUGCAGCUAUCGCUGGAGUGUACAAGGCAGCAGGGAAGACGAUGAUUCCACUGGAAGCUCUGGUGUUGGGAGUGGGACAGUCUUUCUGUGUCCUCGUCAUCUCCUUCCUCCGGAUCCUCGCCACCCUUUAGCAGUCCUGUGGGCCUCUCGCUGCUGCAGCUCUGUGGACAGAACCUGAGUUUAACUCAGAAGAGAGAGGACUCGGUGGAUCCAAGCCCCAGGACCUGGACCGGUCCAGGACAUGCUGCCUUUCUGCAUCACUCAAACAGGCUGUGAAGUGUGUGUGUGGGUGUUUGUGUGUGUGUGUGUUCAAGAUGCAAGAAAGCUGUGCUGGUGUGUGUGUGAGCGCCCCCUGCAGGCUGUCCUCACUGCAACACACAGCCCAAGACACGGCUUGUUGUUGCCAUGGUUACAGGUCAGCAGCCAUGUGACAUAACUCCCUCAGGUGUGUAUGUGCGUGUGUGUGUGUGUGUGUGUGUGUGUGUGUGUGUGUGUGUGUGGGGCUGAUACUGUUAAACAGACAGUUUUAUGCAGAUUUUCUCUCUGAGGCCUUACCAUCAGUCCCAGUUCCCACACUGGUUUCUGUUCCAGAUCUGGAGCUUCUGUGGAGCUGAAAUCUGGUUCGGAAGUUCCCAUCUGUGUUCUCAGUCUCUGCUAUUGUUCCUCUCUGGUUCUUCUCAGAGGGGUUUCUGGUCAGAGUGGAGACCUCCUUGUACCUACAGGAAGAACUCACUUCCAACAGGCCACAAACUGGAGCUCUGUGGUCAGAAGACUAUGUUCUGGACCCGAGUGGACUAAGAGGUGAGACUGAGCCCUCACAAGGUUUCACCUCAUCUCAUCUGGUCAGGUAAACACUCCUGAAGUCACUGGACCCCAAAACCAUGAGACAUAGAGGGUCAGAUAGAACUGGACUCAUGCACCUCCAUGGGCAUGUAGACGGGUGCAAAUGUUUUAAAAGGUCACAAAUGUUUAACAGUUGUGUCAAAUGUGCGGUUGUGAGAAACUCGUCACUUUAGGAGCGGUUUUACGGUGGACCAAAGUUUUAGUUCUGGAUCGCUCACAAAUCUUUGAUUUUUGCUCGAUUUCAACUUCUGUUUCACUUUCAUGAGGGGACAAUUAUUUCCCUCUUUUAAAUAUUUUUGGGGUAAUUUAUUUUCUGAAAUAAUGAAAAAAAUCUUCAUUAAAAAUAUAAUUGGUGUAAACUUCUGAAUGUUUGUUUUGUCUAUUUUUAAUUUGGCUCUUUAUUUUUUUUGGAUCUCAGUUUUUACAAAUUAAACAUUUUUCUUUGAAAAUCUUUUGAUCAGCUUUUGUACUGUAACCUUUUGUCUAAAAAUAUGUUCUCAUUAGAUAACAAAAUGUUUUUGAUGAGUUUUAAUUGUUUUAUUUUUUACA